UGCAUUAGCUUGUAUAAGGCUCAAAGGCUCGCACACGUUUGAUGUCCUUGCUGCUGCAUUAGAGGAAAUACAUUCUGAGUACCACAUCAGGGAAAAAGUGACCAGGAUGACAACAGACAGCGGCUCAAAUUUCCUGAAGGCCUUUCGAUUAUAUGGUGAGGAGAUAGAGGAGGAAGCCACCAAUGAACAAGAGGAAAGUGACUCCACCCUUGAUGAUGCAACAGAAGAUCAGAGUGAGUCAGAGGUGGAGUAUCAAGAUGUGUCUGCUAUUCUGGAUGACAACACAGGCCUUGAGUGCCAACUUCCAAGGCACCAAAAGUGUGCAUGCCAUCUCCUCAAUCUUAUAUCCACAGUUGAUGCCACUGCUGCAGGAGGAGCUGCAAACGUAACCUACAAGAGGCUGUCUCGGUCUGCUUUUGCAAAAUGUCAUGCUCUCUGGAAUAAAACCAGCAGGUCAACCAUGGCUCAUGAAAGAGUGGAACGUGAAUGCAAGCUGCAGUUUCUCCGACCCAAUCAGACACGCUGGAGCUCCCUGUUCCUCACUGUAGAAAGGAUUGUGCGCAUUCACCGAGAGCAAGGAGAACAAGCAAUUCGCAAUGUCUGCACAGCAUUAAAGAUAAAGAUGUUCAAUCCAGCUGAAAUGGGGUUUUUGGUCGAGUAUGCUGCUGUGAUGAAGCCUGUUGCCAUGGCCCUUAAUAUCCUCCAAGGGGAAUCAUCUGUGCAUAUGGGCCUCCUGCUGCCAACACUUUACCAGUUGCGGGACAAGUGA